GCUGACCACUUGAUUUUUCAAUGAGUGAUUCAGUCGUAGUUUAUGUAUUUCAUUAAAUUUCUUUUUUGAAUUCACUACAAACAAGGUUUUAACAAAAUCUUCUAUGCUGCGUGCAAUUAAAGACUGUCUUUUUAGAUUGUGCACAUGUUUGUGAAAUUAUUUGUCGGAGAUAUCUACGUAAAACCAGUAAGUAGAAUCAGGCGUGUAAGUUCAAAUAGAGGAUGCAACACAGUUUGAUAUGUGAAGUGGAUUCUAGCCGGAAGCGCUUGUAAUGCGCUGACAAUGCUCCGCACACUCCACACCUGCCUUCUGGGCUUCCUCGGAUUGCUGACCUCUGUCCGCGGGAAUAUCAUGGUUUACCCCCAGGACGUGCCGCAUUCGAUAGCGGAGGAAUUCCGCGACAUGCCGGCGAGCUUCGGGCCGGAUUUACCCCCGGACGGUCUGCGCGGUUAUCUGAUGGUGGGAGAGCCGCAGGACGGCUGCGCACCGCUCAACAAGCCGCCGGCAGACUCCGACAACUUCACCGGAAAGUGGAUCGUAUUAAUUGCCAGGUAUAACUGCAGCUUCGAAGUGAAGGUACGCAAUGCUCAGGCCGCCGGAUUCGACUGUGCCAUCGUCCACAACGUUAAUUCUAGUGAACUUGAGACGAUGUCCGCGAAUAAUUCUGACGGGAUAGUUAUCCCUUCGGUGUUCGUCAGUGACAACGCUGGCUAUAUGCUCGCUGAGGAAUACGUGUACACAUACCGUUACUACAUCAUGGUGAACGGCGAGUUGCCUUUCAACAUCAACACCAAUCUGUUGCUGCCCUUCGGCAUCGUGGUGGUCCUUUGCCUGCUCGUCAUACUUAUAUUUUUGAUAGUUAAAUGCAUCAACGACCGAAGGCGCGCGCGGCGACAUCGCCUGCCCAACCGGUCGCUGAAGAAAAUCCCAACUUGCAAGUUCAGUAAGGGCGACCCCUACGAGACUUGCGCCAUCUGUCUCGACGACUACCAGGAGGGUGAGAGGCUACGUGUUCUGCCUUGCGCUCAUGCGUACCACACCAAGUGCAUCGACCCGUGGCUGACGCAGAACCGACGCGUGUGCCCGGUGUGCAAGCGCCGCGUGCGAGCCGCAGGCGAGCGCCGCGCUCCCCGCUCCGACUCCGACUCGGACGACACGGAGCCGCUUGUGGCCGACCCGCCUCCCGCCACGCAGGGAGGCACUUUCGAUGCACAACGUGAGAACCCUUUCGUGAGGGCAGCGCGGUACAUAUCUAGGCUGCGCGGGCGCAACGAAAAUAGAGAAACUGACGCAGAGGUAGCUCAACCCUCGGAAGAACAUGACGAAACUGAAGAAAAUGUGGAGUCGCACGACACCCAGCCCCUGCUACGGGCGGCGGAGCCCGAGCGCCGGCGCCGCGGUCGCCGCUCGCGACGCUCUCGCUCCGCCCCGCGCGCUCGCUCCGAGCACUGCAUUAAUGCCACCCCCACCGCCGCGGAGGGAGAGAUCGGGGUGGCAGCACUUCCAGCCACGUCGAAUCCGGGGCCGCGACAUAUGCACGCGUGAGCUGAAUCGCGUGGUAUACAUACAAACAUAAAUUAUUGUAACUAUAUGACUCCACGGUGAUUGAUAUCAUGCUGACAACGGCUGGGACGGCGCUAGACGGACAGACAGCGCCGCGCCAUGAACUUUGAGUGUGAAUGAUUAUUUUAGUGAGCCAGAUACGAACGUAACAAGAAAAUCUAUAGGUUGAAUACGUUAGAUGCGCCCUACACGUGUUCACGCUUUACCAUUUAUUGUAUUAAGGCGAAUUUUCAUUAGUCGAUGGAAAAUGCAUUCGGGACGCAGGAGAUUUCCAAAAAGCAUGCGAUAACGAAAAAACAGAUGGAUGCGCCCUAGAUGUGAUCACGCUUUACCUAUUUAUUGUAUUAAGGCGCAUUUUCUGCAAAGCAUUCUGGCUGCGAAAAAUUUCUAGAAAAUUCGGGAAAUCAAUUUUUUUGGAACGCGCAUUUGGAUAAUGCAAAUAAUAUGAAAUAUAGACGAGAUAAUUUUACCCUUUCGCGUUCUGUUUAAAAUGGAUGACAGAUAUUAAUUUAAAUACAGACAUCGCUGGAUAACAGACGCUUAUUGAAUACUGUAUUCUUCAAUCAUCUUGCAUCGAAACUUAGCAAGAGAAUGAGAAAAACCAACGAGAUAGCAGUUAGGGUUAAAUUAUCAUUAAAUUAAGAAAAUAGUUAUAUUAUCAUCUGUAUCAACUCACAAUCUACACAUUUCGUCAAUGUAGCGCGAAGAAGCAUCUAACGAUAUAAAAGCGUAUUUUUAUUUGUCGCGAUUAGUUAAGCAUUCAGGGCGCAAAGGAUUUCAAAAAGCAUGCCAUAAGUUGAAAACAUUUGCAUAUGGUCUGCGGGAGAUUUCUAAAACGCAUGUCAAUAACAUAAGACUAAUUUCACCAGCAUGCUGUGUCAUCGACAAGAUUAUCGACCAAUGAAAAUGCGUAAUAAAUCUAUGAGAAUAUAAAUAAAUGCGCGGUAUAGCUAUAAACAGAUAUGUUAACAGACUAAUUAUUAUUCUAUCGGUUUUGGUCAAGUGUCAACUGCAGAUCUUCCUUAAACUACAUACCAAUGCGAAAUCAGUAUAAUAUUUUUAAAAAAUAAAUAAACACUAUUUCAAGUUAAUCCACCGAUUUAGUUUGCCAUGUUAAUAAAAAAAAUGACUAUAAUAAUAGAUUUUUGUUAUUGUGCUUUUCAAAUAAGAUCCCAUUGUCUGCUGUUAUAAUUUAUGUAUAUUAUAUUUUUAACUAAAAUUAAAAAGCUGAAUGUUUUGUAUGUUUGUCUGGUGGGAGGUCUCUGCCGUGGCUAGUUACCAACCACCCUACGUUUGUCUGGUGGGCGGCUUUUGUUACCCCACCGACAAAGACGUGUCGCCGAGCGAUUUAGCGUUCCGGUACGAUCCCGCGUACAAACUGGUUAAGGGUGUCGGUUUAAUAUAACUAACCUUUAACACGUUUUUCUAUACAAGGUCUUAUAUUUAGUAAAAAAAAUAAAAUUUAAUGCAACAAAUUCUUCAGUUUUAUAAUAUUACUGUAGAUAAGAUAGACAGAUUUUCAAAUUCUCACGUAUAAAGGAGUUACCAUGCCGAGUAGGUAUUACGGAAUUGUGUAUGAAUUUCCUGGUAUAUAUGUGAUGAUAAUUAAUCUUAGAACCGCUAACCCGUUUAAGCUCUAAUCCUAAAGAUAAAGGUACUUCUGUUGUAAUUGUAGCUCACCCUCCCAGUUCCCACCCUAUUAUUUCAAACGGUCUGGUCGCGAAGGCCUAAAUUUACGGCAUAUGCUUUUUAUUGUGUUUUCACCCAGUUUCUAUCCAGUUUUGUCGAUACACUACAUUUGGGGUAUCUUUCUUUAAGAAACAAACUUUUAUCUUUUCUUCUCUGUAUUUUCAUGUUCUUUUAUAUCAUUAUAAUUCAGCUUUAUCGAUUUUGGUGAAGAUACAAAGAUGAUUAGCAACUGUCAGAAAAGUUUCACAAUUCGGAAAAUAAAAUAGAAAAAAAAAAAAAAAAAAAAAAAAAAA